GGCACUACACCGGCGGUUUGCGGUCCGUGGAUUAGCGUCGCGGUGCGUGUAGAGCGAGCGCGAGAGAAUCAUGAGCGUCGCGCUGAAGAGCUGGAGGGCCAAUGAAGGACCCAAACACUUGAUCACGAUGGUUUGGAUUGCGGUGAAUGUAUUUCUGUUCUGGAAAACAUUCAUGUUGUACUUCAGCGGAGCGCAGUAUUAUUAUCUACACAAGAUGCUGGGGCUUGGUCUCUGCAUCAGUCGAGCGUCGGCCUCCGUUUUAAACUUCAACUGCAGUCUGGUGCUGCUGCCAAUGUGCAGAUCGCUGCUUACCUUCCUCCGAGGGUAA